UCUCGGUCAGAUUUUGCCACGGGAAAGACCCAAACAAAUUUAAUAAUUGAAGGGAAGGGAAACGACUUAAUUAUAUAAGGCAUAAUCAGGUGUUGCUUCCAAAUCUCAAAACCCUGAAGCAAAUUGUGCAAGAUUUUGGGUACCCAACAGAUCUACGAGCACAAAUAAUUCCUUUUCAGGUUUCAGUAAUUGUAAUUUUUGAUCGCCAGAUCUGCAUUGUUAGGGCUUGGUUAGGUAGUAAUGCAGUAGAUUGCUGGAGAAUUUUAUUUCCGAGGGUAACAAGAUGGAAGGUUUUACUGCUAAGGAUUUGUCAACUAUAGGCGGAAUUGCAACUGUAUCACUUCUCCAUUCCUUCAUUCCGACUCAUUGGCUUCCCUUUUCCAUCGUUGGACGAGCACAGAAGUGGACGCUCUCAAGGACAUUGCUUGUUACGGCCUUUGGAGCAGUCUGCCAUGUUAUUUCAACAUCUUUACUUGGUAUUACUGCAGUAACCAUGGCAAACACCAUUGCUGGAGAAGAAACAGUACAUCAACUUGCAUCUUUGCUGCUCAUCAUUCUUGGUGCUAGUUAUGUGCUACUGUUUAUUUUUGGAAAAGGAGGUCACAACCAUUCCCACAAUCACCCAAUGGAGAAGAUGGCUGUGGCUGGCCUUAUACUUGUACCAGCACUGUCGCCUUGUGCUACUACUCUUCCAGUCUUUUUGGCUGUAGGAAACUCAUCCUCAAUGAUGAUACUUGCAGUUAUAGUACUGUUGUUCAGCACAAUUACUGUUAUGAUUACUCUGGUUGCAUUGUCAUUUUACGGUGCUAGCCAGCUAAAAUUUCAUUGGGUGGAGCGAUAUGAUAAAGCUUUAGUGGGGACAGUGUUGUGUCUUGUUGGGAUCCUUACCUAUGUCUUUCAUGAUCACGAAGGUGAAGAUCAUUUGCACAUUGAUGGAACGAGAAAGAUAAUGCAUUUCUAAGAUGGAGUUGGACUGUUAUUUCGUGGAGAAUUAGUAUGAGAUCAAGAAUUAUUAGUUCCUCUCCCAUGCAAUGCAUACAAGGUAAGAUAUUGACCAUAGUUCAUGACAUGUAAAAUGGCCGUCAUGAAUAGGCUCUUUGAUUUCAACAUAUUGGCUUUGCAGUCAUUUCAUUGAACUUUUAUGUGGGUGUAUCAUUAGUAUCUCUCUCACGUGAGCUUCCUAUAAAUAUAGCUUAUGCCCAUUUUGAAUAACAUCAGUUUAAGCUGCUCUAAUCGAGUUCUAUGUCUAUGUCGGUGUUUUCAUUUUGACUUGAUGAGAAUUGUAUUCUCUUUCUUUUGUUCAAUCCCAGAUUGUUUUCAUUUGAGGAUUAAUGAUUACAAUUUCGUUAUCA